UACCUGAAGAUGGAAAAUUGGUCGGUUGAUCAAGUCUGCAACUGGUUGAGACAGAGUAAUUUAGGAGAACUAGUUCCUAAGUUUCGUGAAGAAGAAGUAAGUGGAGCAGCUCUUUUGGCUCUUAAUGAUCGUAUGGUACAGCAGCUGGUGAAGAAGAUUGGGCACCAGGCAGUGCUGAUGGACCUAAUUAAUAAAUACCAGCAACAAAAAAGUGGGCUAGAAUCCCUUACAUACUGCUGUGAAACAGCUUCUCCAAAAUAUCCAGAAGUAAUCAGUGGGGUUACUGACAGACAAAUGUUACAUUCUGCUUGUCCUGUGGAGCAGAAAAAAUAUCUGUGCUUGACUAAAAGUGAAGGAGGACUAAUUGAUCACAGAGUGCUAAAGCAAAAAAAAAAUCUGAAAUCAUUUUUUGCAAGAUACAAGACAUUGCAGUGGACAAGUUCUUAUGCUUUGCCAGACUUCCCUUAUGAUGUCAAAUGCAUAUUAGCAGAAAAAAAAUGCCCUGAUCACAGUAUGAGAAUAAGGAUUAUUGAAUUUUUGCAAGCAGACAUGACAAAAUACCUAGGAGGAUCACUGUAUCCGAACAGUCAGCAAUAUAACAUUGUUGUCAAUGCUCUGCUGCAGGCGUACCCAUUCCUCGAUGAAGAUGGGAAUGGCUUUUUGCUAUGGAAAAGGGCCCUUAAAGAUCGUUUCAAAUAUGUGCGAAGACCCAUUGAAGAUGAUGAGCAAGUCCUGAGGAACAAAUGCAAAUUUGGCCACAGGCGAGGACAGACCAGGAAAUCUUCUUGUGCUGAAAACAAACCUGAUGACGUCCGGGUGCAAGUAGAGGAAGAACCUGUUCAUCUUGAAGGCAGUGCAAUGGAUGUGAACAUUAAGUGGCUUAAGCAAGAAUAUAUGAAAACUCAGAGAAACUGGAAAGAAGUGGAUAACAGAAUGAAUGUGACAAUAGAAAUACGGAGGAAGAUGAUCAGCGAUAAGGCACCUUUAAAAGACAUUCUUAGACUAUUUCCUUUCUUAAGAUGCCCUUAUCAGCUUUUUAGGGAGUUCCAGCUUCUCACGCACAUGGACAUUUAUAAGAAAACAGUUGAGAUUUUGGAGAUUUAUUCGGAAAACAUAUUAUCUUUGUAUGCGGUGAGGAAUAAUCCAAUUAACAUUAUGCUGCAAGAAAAUCUGAAGCGGCACACAGAGGAAGAUAUUCUGAAAUAUAUGAAAAUGACUGCUGCGUGUUUACUCCUGCCAGAUGUCUUUGGAGACGAUUCCAGUCUGUUUGUUGCAGUGAAUGAGGAGGUGAAGGUGGCGACACCGGUGUUGGAAGUCAAAAAUCCCUUCAAUGUGAAUUCAUGUGAGUUUGCACUGUACAUAGAAAGAGAAGAGCUAGCCCAGCUCGAUGACUGCACCAUGGCCCUGGCGGCGCUGGUGGCUGCAUUCCACGUGUUCGACAUCCCAUGCCCAAAGAGAAUCCACAGGACCCUCAGCUUCCUGGAGUCCCUGGUCUUUGAGGUGAGGAGCCCAGCAUCCCUGCCCACCCAGGUCAAGAGAGGGCUGGAGGUACCCGUGCAUCCCAGUAUCUGA